CGGUCACCUUUUUGCCCCGGAUUUAUGCACGUCGGCUCCACAAUGGAGCCAACCGGAGCGGCACUCGUCAAGUCGAUGGAGCCCUGAAGGGCGUAUUACCAAGUUAUGUUGCUAAUAACCGGCCAAUGGGGCCGAAGACGGAGCAUAGAGAGAAGUGUUGCUGUAACAUGUGCUUAUACCGAUGUUCCUUUUAAGAGUUUGCCAAUCUGCUUUAUUUUAUGAUUUUGUGAUGGCCGUAGUGGGUAAAGCUUCCCUAUAUUCUUUCAUUCCAAGCUCCAAUUGUUGUCGUUUUACCUACAUAGAACCUACAUAGAAUCAUGUCGAACCAGGACACUAACGACCACGAGGAGGAGAAGGGCCGCUCGGCUCUGACAGGGACCCAUGAAGAUAGUGGAUCCAACGCUUCCUUUUAUGGUGACAAUGAGAAUGAGACUGAGCAAGAUGCCAUCCAACGACAGAAGACCAAAGAGGGGCCUAGCGAUGUAUGCCGAAACCAACCUAAAGACAAGCGGCUGAGACCGUCGGGGGAAAUUAGGAGAACUGCGAGCAAUGCACUCUCGCAUGUUGCCUCACGCCUUACCACAAGGGACUGGCCAGAACCACCACCCCCGCCAGAUGGAGGUGCUAAUGCUUGGUUACAAGUUGCCAUGGGAUGGCUAGUCAUCUUCACCACGUGGGGGUGGGUAAACUCGUUCGGUAGUUUCCAGACCUACUACAGCUCGGUACUGCCACAAUCCCCGUCGGCGAUCUCAUGGAUCGGGUCGCUCCAGAUAUGGUUUUGCUUGAUCAUCGGAGUGUUUUCCGGUCGCUUGUUCGAUGCAGGCCUCUUCCUGCCUACCUUUAUGGUUGGUGCAGUCGUCCAAGUGCUUGGCAUUUUCCUAAUGAGCCUCUCGACGCAGUACUGGUCACUGAUGCUGAGCCAAAUAUGUACAGGCAUCGGCAGUGGAAUCAUCUUCACCCCCUCCCUCGCCCUCGUCACAACCUACUUCAAUAAAAGGCGAGGUCUUGCAGUUGGCCUCGCGACGACGGGGAACUCCGCCGGCGGCAUCGUCUACCCCCUAGUCGUCCGACAGCUACUCCCGACAUUGGGCUUCGCAUGGACGACAAGAGUGCUGGGGUUCAUCAACGUCGCGUGCCUUUCCAUCGUGAUCGCAUUCAUGCGUCCGCGCCUGCCGCCUAGGAAAUCCGGCCCCCUGAUCGAGUUUGCGGCAUUCCGUGAAUGGGUGUACAAUGGCGUUGUGGCGGGCAUAUUCGCAACGUCGAUGGCGAAUUACUUUACCUUUUACUAUAUUGCAUCUUUCGGCCGCGAAACACUCGGCCUCUCCUACUCCUCCGCCUCAAUCAUGGUGAUCCUCAUCAACGGCGCCGGGAUCAUCUUCCGCGUCAUCCCCCCAAUCAUCGCGGACCGCAUCGGGCCCGUCAACGUGAUGUUCCCCGUAACCCUCGCCUGGGCCAUCGUCGCGUUCUGCUGGCUCGCCGUCGACGACAUCCCGGGCCUGUACAUCUUCACGUGUUUCUACGGCAUAUGCUCCGGCAGCUUCCAGUGUCUCACCGCCACCUGCAUCGCCAGCGUCACCAAACGGCUCGACACGGUGGGCACGCGAUUGGGGAUGGCUUUCAGCAUUUCGUCGUUUGCGGCGUUGACGGGGCCCCCGAUUGGCGGGGCCAUACAGGCGGCUAACGGCGGCAAGUUCACGGGGGCACAGGCGUGGGCGGCGAUCAUGAGCUUUAUUGGGUUUAUCUGCUUUGCGUUUGUGAGGGUGCAGAAGGGCGGCUGGACUUUGGCUGUGAAAUGUUGAAGUAAGGGGUGUGGGCAUGACUGACUGACUAACGGAUUACGAUUGAAUGGAAUGAAAAUGGGAAGACUGGGUAACAAAGAAGGGGAUAUAUAUUCUUAUGUAAUGCCUAAUAUAAUA